AUGGCUCCCAAGGCUGCUGACAAGAAGCCCGCCUCCAAGGCUCCCGCUACUGCCUCCAAGGCUCCUGAGAAGAAGGAUGCGGGCAAGAAGACUGCCGCCUCUGGUGACAAGAAGAAGCGCUCCAAGACCCGCAAGGAGACUUACUCUUCUUACAUCUACAAGGUCCUGAAGCAGGUCCACCCUGACACUGGUAUCUCCAACCGUGCCAUGUCCAUCCUGAACUCUUUUGUCAACGACAUCUUCGAGCGCGUCGCUUCUGAGGCUUCCAAGCUUGCCGCCUACAACAAGAAGUCCACCAUCUCUUCCCGAGAGAUCCAGACCUCUGUCCGUCUGAUCCUCCCCGGUGAACUUGCCAAGCACGCCGUCUCUGAGGGUACCAAGGCUGUCACCAAGUACUCUUCCUCGACGAAAUAA